AUGUCUCUUGUGUAUACUUCAGCCGAAUCAAUUGAAGACUUUGCAACUUGUCUUAGAGGGACAUACGUAACAGGCAAAUCAAGAGACGCAUUUGCAAGAAAGUUCUACCUCGAACGUCUUCAUGCUCUUGUCAAGGAGAACGAGGAAUUGUUUUACGAUGCCUUAGCCAAAGAUUUGAACAAAUCAAGAGCGGAAGCAUUGACAAGUGAGAUCAGCCCUGUUCUAGAAGAAUGUGCUUACUUUCUUGACAACUAUGACAGUCUAGUCAAAGAUAAGAAAGUAAAAUCACGCUCUGGAGCUAAUAGAACAGAUAGUGCUUACAUUCGUCGUGAAGCUUUGGGCGUCGUUUUGAUUAUCUCAACCUGGAACUACCCUCUUCAGCUUUCUCUAGUCCCAUUAGCUGGUGCACUUGCUGCUGGUAACUGUGCUGUUAUCAAGCUCUCUGAAAUUUCAGUGCACACAUCGGCAUUAAUUACAGAGCUUUUGCCCAAAUAUCUCGAUGCUGCCAUGUACCGUGUAGUCAAUGGUGGUGUUGAGGAAACACAACACUUGCUUCGACAGAAAUUUGACCAUAUUUUUUACACUGGAAAUUCUCAGGUAGCCAAAUCUGUCAUGGCAGCUGCAUCCCAACAUUUGACGCCUGUCACUUUGGAGCUUGGUGGAAAAUCACCGGCUAUUGUUACAGAAGAUGCCGACAUGCAAAUUGUAGCUAAUCGAUUGGCUUUUGGCAAGUUUUUUAACGCUGGACAGAGUUGUGUUGCUGUAGAUUAUGUCUUUGUGCCAAAAUCUCGCCAACAAGAGUUCUUAGCUGCCAUUGGCAAGACACUGAACUCCUGGUACGGAAGAAACCCUCAAGCAUCCAAAGAUUACGGCCGUAUUAUCAAUCACCGUCAUUUCGACCGAAUUGUGGCGCUUUUAAACAAUCGAUCCAGUGGAAACAUUGCAAUUGGGGGUCAAACUGACCGUGAAAGUCGAUACAUUGCACCUACUGUCAUUUCUGACGUGAGAUUUGAUGAUGCCUCAUUGAUGGAAAGCGAGAUUUUUGGUCCUUUGCUGCCAGUGAUUCCUUAUUCAGAUGUUGAAGAAACUAUGGGCUUGAUCUCCAAAAAGGAACCUCCACUUGCAUUGUAUUUAUUCACCAAGAGCAGUAACACUAUCAAGAAGGUGCUGGGUUACACUACUUCUGGCGGCGUCACCAUCAAUGACACUUUAAUGCAUCAAUCAGAAUACGCUCUGCCAUUCGGUGGUGUUGGAGCAUCUGGUAUGGGUGGCUAUCACGGAGAGCGAUCAUUUCAAUGCUUCUCGCAUGAACGUGGCAUUCUUGUCAAGAAACAAAGAUUAGAGUGGUUGCUUCAAUCUCGCUAUCCUCCAGUGUCUAAAGCCAAGUUGACCAUCUUGAGAGCAGUGCUGAUCACAAAUCCUGUUCAUUUUUGGUUUAUUGUCUUUAAGAGACCUGUCAAAUGGGCUGCUUUGAUUGUGGUCAUUCUGGGCAUUUUUAUCAAAAGGCAUUUAGCUUAA